UAACUGACUAUCAGAUGACAACUCAAUUGUUAGUCUAAAUCAAUGGUUUGUAUUAUUUCUAAUACAUUAUAACAAUGUCUGCAUUAUUACUACAACAUUGUGAACACUAUUACUAUACAAAACAUUGAUUAGCAUUUGGAAUGCAAUCGAAUGCAACACUAAUUGAGUUUUGUUUUUGUGUUUUGAUUUGAUUUGUUUGAAUGCAAUCAAUGGUUGCAUAAGUGUUGAGUCAAUUAAACCAAUAAUAUUAGUGAUGUUUUGUACUGUGAUUAACAACAAGUCAUAAGUCAACCAAAAAUUUUUUGCUAAUUUAUUAUCACUGAAAACACGUCGUCUGUAUUGUGGUGUAUGUGUUGUCGAUAUAGACAAAUGUUGUCUUCAAGUGGUCUCCAAUUGAUGGACGACCACAACGAAGAUCAAUGAAAGAGAGCACCGGUAAGGAUGGCCACCGAUUACGGGUGGCUAUAGAUGCCAACAAGUGCUCACUUAAUAAAGACUGUGACACAACAACAACAACAAUACCGCAAUCAUCGCAUCCCGCGGUCAUCAUCAGCAACAACAAUACCAAUCAUUCAUUGCAUAUCACAACACCGUCAUCGACAUCAUCGACAGUUACCACAACUGCAUUAAUCACUGCAAACCCUUGUCCUUCCAAAGCAAACAAAGCCACGCUUUCGCCAAAAAUAGAUCCCAUAAACAAAGCAAAUACUGUCAGAAACAAUAGUCUGAAGGGUACUGCACUUUCAGGUGAUAGCAAAAGCAGUUCUUCUUCUUCAUGCAAUCCAAUCGCCACUAAUUUUGACGACGAUUACAACGAAUGGGAACUCGGAAUCGGAGAUCUCAUUAUUGAUUUGGAUGCAGACAUUGAACGACAAACCAAUGAUAAAAGUGGUCAAAGUGUAGCAAAUACUAAGACAUUGCAAACAAAGAAUUGUGAUUCUUCUGUAAGCGGAUUAACCGAUCAUUUCAUUAAUAAUAAAAGUGGUUUAGAGGUAAGCAAAUUGAGCGCCGGAAACAUAAACAGUGCCACUAAAGCCAUGUCAACUAACUCUAAAUCGCGCACUGGUUUGGCAAAUACCAGUCCCAUUAGCUCGGGUAAUAUGUCUUCAUCAGCAUCAUUGCAACCUCAUGGUCAUCACCAUCACCACCAUCAUCAUCAUCACCACUCUAGUGGUUCAUCAAACUCAUCUUCAUCUUCGACAUCCACUACUGGUUCCUUAUCGUCAACACCAUCGGUAGCUCCCAGUGUCGAGCAUUCAGCCAUUGUUGACAAAGGACUUAAAAUGAAGAUUAAACGUAAAAAUAUCGGCGGAAAGUCUUGUGAAACUAAACACGAGAUCGUAUCCUCAGAUAUAAGCUCUACGAAGUAUGUCUUGUCAAGAGAUAGCAACUCUGGGACUGCUUCAGUCAAUUCAAACAUUGGUUCCACUGCUGACCACAAUCAGGACUCUAAGUCAAGUAAACAUUCAAAUAAAGGCAAAAGUAGUCAUAAAGACAAAAAGGAUAAGAAUAGAGAUAAAGAUAGAGAUAAGGAAAGAGACAAAGACAAGGAUAAGCCAAGUAGUGGUUCAGCAAAUAGUGCUAACAGUAUUAAUAACAACAUCACUAGUAGUGGUUCAACGUCUGCAACAAACAAAUGCAAUUCAUCGACAUUAUUGUCAUCUAAAUUAUCUGCCACUAAACCAAGUGAAGUGAACGGAUCACUAGGAGUCAGUACUAAGACUGACUGUCCGACCGCAUCAAACCAAACCACUUCUCAUAGUAUAUCCACUAUGAGCUCUAAUUUCAAUUCAAGUACACAGAUCUCACGUGUAAACCCAUCGUCGUUGUCAUCUUCGACAUCAUCUGGUAUGUCAUCAAACACAUUAACGUUGAAGUAUUCAUCGGCUUCACUGAACCCAACUGUGAUCUUAAGAACGGACGAAUUGGCAAAAAAUAUGCCAUCACCUCAUAAAAAGAUGAAACUCGAUGUUAAGUCCGAUGAAAAUAUAUCGGCCACCCGAGACAUGGGUACAUCGACCAGUGUCGGCACUAUUACCGAACCCGACUGUUUGGGUCCCUGUGAACCGGGAACUAGUGUUACACUUGAAGGCAUUGUAUGGCAGGAAACUGAAGGAGGUGUGUUAGUGGUGAACGUGACUUGGAGAGGAAAGACAUACGUGGGAACGUUAUUGGACUGUACUAAACAUGAUUGGGCGCCUCCCAGGUUUUGUGAGUCACCCACUAGUGAUAUUGAGUCCAAAAGUAACAAAAACAGUCGCGGAAAGAGGUCUCGUGCCUCAAACAAUGAGUUGUCAACAGACAAUAGGUCUGUUCAAAGCAAACUACGCAAUGGAAAGGGUCGAAGAACAGCAAACUCUGGAUUUACUGUUCCGGCCAGUCCUGCUAAGAGUGAUAGUGGCGCGACAUCCACUUCAAAACGAAAGGGAAGACCAUCGGACUUGGAAUUAAGUCCAGUUAAUGAUAAUUUAAACAAUAAGGGAAGUAAAAGGAAUAGAUCUCAAACUCGUAACACUCCCACACCGAGUACUUCUAGUGAACCCAACACUCCCGUGGCUCAGCCAUCAUCACCUGUGCUGAUUGAAUGUCCCGAACCUAAUUGUAACAAAAAAUAUAAACACAUUAAUGGUCUUAAAUAUCAUCAAACGCACGCCCACUGCCAUAACGAAAUCAAUAGCAACUCUGUUGAUGGCAACUCCACAAAGGACACGACACUUGCAUCAGACACUGAGGAUAAUAAUCUCGAUUCGCCGAGUCUACCAUCGAGUCCUAAUCGCAUGAAUUAUGACAUUACACCCGAACCUAAUGACAAUUUGUCUACUAUGGCAUCCGUUGCCAACGAUUCAAAUGAUGUAACAAUGAGUGAUGUGAUGAAAAGUGAUGACAACAAUGCGUCAAGUAGUUCGGGCAAUACGACCACUACCUCACUAGCAAACAGUGCCAAUACAUUCCUAGUCUCGAAUCAGCCCACUUAUGUCGAUCAGAACAGUUCAGAUAAAUCGAUAAACAAACCAUUAACUCCGGGACCCAUUAACGAUACCAAUUUAAAGAUCAGUCAACCGCAACCUAAUAAUGAUUUGAGUGACUCUAAUAAUGUUUCUAAUAGUGAGGGCUUAAAGAAAGAGAAAUCUAAACACAAAAAGAAAAGUAAAGAUAAAGAUCGUGACCGAGAAAGAGAUAAAGAUAAGGAUAAAAAGUCAUCAAAUGAUAACUCAUCCAAUUCGGGUAAUACUUCUAUUUCAGACGUGAAGUUUACACAUAAACCGAUUGAGUUAUCUAAAAGUGAUAACGAAGUGACUGAUGGCCCGCCAUUGGGUUCAUUAGACACACCAACAGCUAAAGAUGUGUUCACUAGUGUUGAUUUAAUGAGCAAUACUUCAACAAAUUCAAAAUCUUUAAAAUUUGACUCAAAUAACUCGUUGGUGACAAACGAUAGUAAAUUGAGAUCAACCGAGACAUCGAUCGAAAACGUUGGAAGUCCGGCCUAUUCGGACAUAUCGGACGCCAACGACACAAUUCCUAAUGAUAGCAACGAUAUGAUGGAAACCAUAGAUAAACCUGAAGACAAUCUGACUGUUGAGAACACAAAUCUUGAUAUUUCGAGUCAAAGUUCGCCAAACUUUAGACUUUAUCCAUAUUUUAAUCAGUCAUCAUAUUUAAUGCCUGUCAGUGCUUCCAAUCCUUCUACUGAGUCUCAGAGAUCAUCAGCAUCUGGUCUAUCGGAUAGCAAUAAAAACAACGAAACUGACUUUUCACACUCAGUGGCCGGUUCUGCUAAACGGCCGCGUAUUAACUCAGACCAAAGCGAUAAACGAUCUGAUGAUUCAUCAUCAACUGCGAAGAAUAUAUCUGAUUCAUCAUCUUUACCAUCGACUACUCCACCAGAAAAUGUUCAAGACUUUGCAUCGCUUCCUCCCGGAUAUCCAUACGCAAUGUCAUAUAUGCAAAGAUAUCCAGGAUUUCCAAUUGAUCCUAACUAUCACAUGCAUCUAAUGGCUACUGAUCCAGUUUAUAAGGAACAGUGUGAACGAUAUAUGGAACAGGAAACGAGAGAUAGACAUUUCAAAGAACAGUCAGACAAAGAGAAAUUUUUGCCGUUAAAUAAAACAAUGGACUCUCACAGCAAACAAUCCUCUAAAUCAUCAAUUGGUCCAAAUAUAAGACCUUCUUCUCAACCACCGAAAAGUGAUGUUUCAUUUGACACAAAUCCGAUUUCGACAAAUAUUAAAGAUAAACAAAGUGAAAAUCGACAGAUUCUUAAAGAAAAUAUAGAACUCAAAUCCCAAAUGGAUGCCCAAAACAAUAAGAACCGAUUGAGUGGUCAACCAAGUAGUUUGUCGGCCACUCCAUUCGGUCCUAUGUUUGAUCCCCGACAUUGUGAAGACCAAUCAAAACGUUAUUUUAUGGACAGUUUGAUUGAACACCAGAACAAUAAAUCUGAUUUAGAGAAACACAUGAACGCAGUGAUCGGUCCGCCGCCGCUACUCAAGGAUGGCAUCAGUCGUUCAAAGUCUGACUCAUCUAAAAGUUCCAGUCAUAAGCAUUCGAGUUCUCCAUUACUCUCUAGUCCUAAACAUAAAGACAAUAAUCUUAAAAAAGAUGAAAAGGACGAUAAAAUUAAGACAAAACUCAAAGAAGAGGGCAUAAAGCCGACUAUGGAGACAACUGGACCGCCACCUCCGCCCACUGCUAAUGGCUACUACUUUAAUCCAUCGUAUCUAACGCCACACUUCUCACCAUUUGAUCCCUCACAUCCCAUGUUUAGAGCUAACUCCAUGAGCCCAGUAAUGAUGGGAAAUCCUUAUUCUGGACCAUAUCUUCCGCCACAACUGCGCUAUCAUAUGUCUCCAGUAGCACCUCCCAGUCCAAUUGGUUCGUUAGAUAUGCCGGGUCCACAACCUAUUAACCCACCACCGAAUGAUCCACUCGUCUCCAAAAUGCAUUCAAGUGCAUCAAAUCCCGUCCCACAUUUUGGGUCACAUAAAAUACAUGAACUUCAAGAUAGAGCUUUAAUAUCUCCUACCGGCGCCUCAAAUACUGGUCCUCAUUUACAAUCAUCAUCGAAACCACCAAAACCCGGUACUAUACCAGUGCCCGGUUCUAAAACUAUGAACUUGUCUGAUGUGUCGAAUGCUGAUCGCAAAGAGGAGUCGGCCGACAAGUCAACUGAUAGACAACGGUCACCACCACCUCAACGACACCUUCAUACACAUCAUCACACACACGUGGGAGUUGGGUAUCCCAUAUAUGAUCCAUAUAGUGCAAUGAUCGUAAGUCACGCGGCGUCGGCAUCGGUAGCUAUUCCACACCCGUUUGUCCCGAAAUGACUUCAUUGACAAUAAUAUUGUUUCAAAACAAAUGUUUUAAUGAUUAGAUUUCAAAUUUACAAUUGGUUUAUGUUUUAUAACAUUUAAUGCCUAAAAAGACUCAUUUCUGACUAUUUUUUUUUAUCAAAUUAGUCGAUAAAUGAUUUUUUAAUUUAUAUUUUUUAUCAUUUUUUUUAUUUAUUAGACAUCAAUAAUGCAUUAUAUUAAUUGUCUAAUUGUUGUGAUUGAAUGCAUACUAUUUAGUUGACUGAACGCCACAACGAUAUAUAUAAAAA